UGUGUCGCCUUUGUUUGAUCCAACGAUCCCCAGUAUUCUUACCGGUUGUUCUUGCAUAAUACACGUGGCUUCCACUCAUUAGCUACGUGAGCGGUAAUCAUUCUCAUGAGUCUGCUGCAUUUUAACAACGGCAUUCCCAUGUGCACUGCCACCGUAACGGAGCCUGGACCACAUCUUCUAUUCAUCAUUUUAUCCAUCGUCUGGAGUAUAACCGCCUCUUUUAAUCUCCACCCUCCGAUCUAAUCUAUUUCAGUCAAAUCCCCCAUUUGCCCCCCUGAACUUCACUAUAAUUUCCAUAUUGCCCAUAUUCUGAAUUUUUCACUCACUCCCCCGGCUAGUGUGAGUGACACAAAAGACAGCUCUUUCUGCUCGCUUUUCACGCAUAAAAAGAUACAUUGCAUGUAUAUAUAUAUGUGUGUAUAUACAGUGGCAGUUUUCACAGCUGUGUAGAGAGUUUCUGAAAGAGAUGGAAGAGUACUUGAGGUGUAGAAGAUGUGAACGAGUCGGGGAGACGACAACGGCUGCGGCGACGGAGGCGGGAGUUGGAAAUGGUGCUGUGCGGAUGAAAGCUAGGGAGGUCACGAGCUUCAGCUCGAAUAAGCGGAGAAAGGUUUAUUCUGAGUUUGAUGAUCGCAAGAUGAACUGGUCGUCGGAGAAUUCUGUUUCUCCGGCCACCUCCGUGACGUCGAGGUGCUCAAGCUGCGAGUCUAGCGACGUGGCGAAAAAUAUUCUGGAUCUGAAGGGAGAGGUUUUUGAAACUGACGAUACAGCUCAUUGCAACUGCAGAUUGAGAGAGACGACGCCAACAACCGAGCUUCGUCGAGACUCGGUAACAGAAAUGGAGUCCUCAUCAACCAAAAAGAAUGUCUCAAUGGCGGCGACCUCUCCUCAGAAACCUUCAACAGCGGAGAUGCCAUCCGCGGAAGAGAUUGAAGAAUUCUUCUCAGCUGCUGAAAAAUACGAGCAAGAGAGAUUCAAGCAAAAGUACAACUAUGAUGUAGUGAAGGACGUCCCUCUGGAAGGGCGGUACGAGUGGGUUCCCUUAAAGCCUUGUUCACAUGUCAUCAAAGCCUGCGAAGAAGAACAUGACAGGAUCGCUGCCUUUAACAAUUGAUCAUCAUGUGGUCACCCGUAACUUAUUAGCUGCUCAGCUCUACUUUUUAUCUUAUUUAGUUCAAUGCAUACCUUAAUCAAUUGCUUUGUACAUGCAUAUAUUAUUGCAUUUUCCAUUUCCAUUUACAUAUGAAGAAUUAUAUUGCUCCAACCUCUAACAUCUGUGCUUGAUUA